AUGGGACUCUUCAGCAAGGCCUUGCGCCGCCGCCGCAAUCGAGCAGGCCCCCAGGUCGAUCUUUUGAGCGCAGCUUUUGGUUUUCCCUUUCGCUACGGGAGUAAAUCUUCAUGCAACAAGAGUCCUGGUCGGAUGAAAAUCGUCUAUGAUCCUCCCUCUGACUCCAACGACGAAUCAGACUCGGAUGAAACAUGCUCUUCAUCUUCCCAGGAAGACCGUGGACGACAACAACAUCGCAGUCGUCAUCUUUCUGAAAGACCUCCGACGCCUCAUCGAAGCACCCCAGCGUCUCCUAGCUCUUCAAAGAAGAGCUCUUCACGAAAGAAGCAGCAUCGCCGACGCCGUUCGCGGGCUUCGUCUCGAUCUAGCCCUGCAAAAUCGAUCCGUUCUCGAACCUCCCGCUCGACAUCUCGUCGAUCAAACAUUGGAAACAUGACUAGCCCACCAUCUAUCCCUUGUGUACAGAGUUCUGCAACAUUCACGCCUCCCAUUCCUAUUCAUUUGUCGAAAGCGCCUUGUAAUAUUGUACAGUCAAAAACAUUUCCUAUUUCUACUUUGAACCAACCUUUUGGACUUCCAGUAUGCCAGCCUAUGCCUCAGCAGCAAGUAUACUACCAGAACCCAGUCAACUUUGGGCCGCCUCAGCCAUCUACUAUGCUUCGGGCUCCGGUUCCUCAGUUCAUGGCUCCGGCUAUGCCUCCACCUGUCAUGGUGCAGCCACCUCCUGGUCUAGCGACAGUACCCGUGUCCUCUGCAACUUCAAACAGCAACGUAAUACCUCCAGUAACAUCAGGCGUCGAUUCUUCGAAGCCAAACUCUCAAGCUCCUGGGCUAUCUGACCCGUGGAAUAAAGAUAUACAGCGACUGCAGAAACACAUUGACUCAAAGAUGGCUGAUCUAUCUUCCGAGCCCAAUAGCCGAGUUUUGCGCCGCGACCUUCGUCGUCUACAAGACCGCCUGAACUCGACCUUGAACAAAGCUAUUACGCACAGCAAGAAGUCACACGCAAGAAAGCUUUCUCUUACAUCGGUCAGCAACUUGUCGCAGUUGGCCUUCGACGGAGAUACCGCAAACGAGGCUGCAACCGCACCGGUCCGCAGCCUUCUCGCACCUGUGCACAAAACUGAGAAUGAACAGUACCGAAAGUAUCACACUCAGAAGGUCAAAAGCUCUCGACACAUUCCACGUCACCAUAUCUGCUCAGGAUGUGGUAACAUUCGCUCGCAGCUGUUCCAUAAGCGUUGGCCCUUAAAAGACUCUAGAAAAUCACACAAGAUCAACUACUGCGAGAGCUGCCGAAAAGAGAUGUGCAAUCGAGGUAUCGUUCAGAAAUACCACUUUUGUUUCAACUGCGGAGGUGCGAGGUCGAUGGCAUUUCAUCAGCAGUAUCCAGUGCUGCCGGGCGAGCCUCUCUUCGCCAACUAUUGUGGUUCAUGCACCGAAGAGUUCAAGGUGUAUGAGAGUCUUCCGGACCAUUCUGUCAUCAACUUUGUUGACCCAAAAGUUGAGACACACACAGAGAUAACCACUCCUUCUGAUUCGGAAGAUGACUUGGAUUCACUCACUGUCAAUCGUCACCAAAACAGCAAAGCCGACCGUGACAGUGUUCGAAGCGAUCAGCAAUCCGAAUUCAAAUUUUGGCAACCUGCCGAGCCACCUCGCGGAAGGGGAACAGAGCCACGUACCCCUAAAUCGCCUGUUGUUGCAUUAGAUGCCGACUACGUGCCCCCUGAAUCGCCCUACUGCCCCUCGCGAAGCACUAGUUCUUCUGACCGUCGAGCGGAGAGGAAGUCCUCUAGUCAAUUCAGCACAGGCUCCAGUCCUCAUAGAGAGGAAUUUGAGGCGAACGGCAACUACCAAGCGCCCUACGUCGAAGAUUCCUCGUCGAGUCAUCAUUCCAGAAUAACCACCCCGACCUCUAGCCUUCGCUCCAAGAAGAGAGGACAGAAGACUGAAUCCAAAGAUCGUGCACCUCGAAAAAGCCUCUCACCCGAUGUUGUACUCAAGUCCGCACUGGCAGGUAGUGACCGGUCGUCCUCGGAUGGAUCUAGAAAGGCCAGAGCCGAGAAGUCAGAUGAAUCGCCUCGGGUUCGCGGGAAAUCUCUCGACUCUGACUGUUCCGAACCAAGUUCUUCCAAAUCUUCGGGCAGCAAGACAGUGAGGUUCAAACAGUCUGUCGACAUUCGUACAGCCUUGCCAAAAGAUGCAGACGACUUCUCAGAGCCUGGAAGUCCCAGAUACCUGCGUUCUCCUGGCUCUCCUCUUAUCUCUCGCAAGCAAUCUGCCUCUCGCCGUACCAAAGAAACGAGAGACAAUUACCUGCAUCCUCACUAUGGUCAACAUUCGAAUAUACCUUCAGGCUUUCAUCGUGAGCACUUGCAUACUCCUGAUAGCUUUGUCCCUGGAACACCUUCAAAGGGGUACUCCAAAGGAGCAUUCAGUAAGGACUUUGGCAGUGGCGGACAUUGGGAUUCUUUCCCAAGCCCUGGAUAUCCUUACGCCGACCAUUACUCGGAAAACUCUUUCCGUGACUACUACGAUGCCGAUGAGGACUUCAAGCCAUCAUCUUCUCAUCCCUACAACUAUGACCAGUACAGGGAGUCGACCGCAUCCCUUCCGUCGCGCCUUUCUACCGGUAGUAUAUUUGCCUCCUUCUUCAAGAAGGACAAGGCAUCUUCUGAAAGAUUUGGCCCUCGCAGUUCCAAUGACAGUCAGACAACACCUUGCCCUCGGCCAUCUCAGUGUUCCUCAAACAUCUUUAGUUCAUUCACGGAACCUGAGUUGCACAGCUGCACAGACACAGGGUCAGCUACUGAGAAAGGUAGUGGUCCAGCUGGAAAUAACCCAUAUUACACGCCUCGCCAGCGCAGUUACCCAGAAUCUCCGUACGGUGGUUCUCCUACCGGAUCAGAGAAAUCCUCCAAGCGGGGUUUUAACCCAUCUCCGUCCGCAAAGUCGGAUAAGUUUGUUUGGAAGAAUGCCUUUGAUCCUAUCCCAGUCGUUGAAGAGCUGGGCACUGCCGGUGACACUUCCCCUGAGAGCCCAAAAGACCUGCUUGAGUUCAAUAUCAUCAUCAACCCAGCUUCUCCCAUAGACGCUGAAGAUGAGGUAUCAUCAGAGUCGUACUCCAGCACACCACCUUCAUCGGACGAAAACUAG